CCAUCGGCUGACAAUCCGAUACCCGGAAUGAAUUCAACUUCAUCGCUGCUCGAACGACUCACCGCUUCUUCCAGUCAAAGUAGCCAACCAACAAGUCCGAUGACCAACCCGUCUCCAACUAACGUGAAUCUACAAGGCGUGAACCUCACUAGUCUGCCGAAUUCCAUCAACGGUCUACAAAACGUUCAGGUAUCGUUCCCGGGCUUAUCGCAACCUAUUACGAUGUCAUUGAAUGUAUCUCCAACUACUGGUGGAACCGUCACACCUACUGGGGUCAUUGUUUCCCUGCCUAUAUCGUCUGCCACAAAUACUUGUACGACGGUAUCAAGUGUUAGUAUCCUGUUUAUAUAA